CUUAACGUGGGAUAUAAUCAGAAUUUCGGGAACCCACCCGAGAACGUCAUGCCUACUUUCAUGGCCCAAUUCCUAUAGCAGAUGGCGAACGCGCCAAUGUUUCAGCAGCCUCAGCCGCCGCAGCGACACAUCACCUUCAAAACUCUGAAGGAUAACGGAGCAGAGGAGUUCCUUAAAGACAGGGUGGCCGAACCCCAAGUGGCUCUCGACUGGAUUGAUCUGGUGGCUAGAGUGCUCAAUGAUCUGAAUGUGCCGAUUGCAGAUCAUCCAAGGUUGGCAGCUCAGUUGCUCUGCAAGGGAGCAUACGAAUGGUGGAAGCACACUGAGAGGGACAUGACCCUUGCCGAACUACGACAGAAGUUUGAGCACUUGGCUCAGUUUGCACCCACGCUGGUGUCCACGCCAGCUAACACGAUUAAAGAGUUCAUGAAGAGGUUGCGCCCCGACGUGCGACCUUACGUGUCUACCGUGAUCACCACUGAUUUCUCCGAAGCAUAUGAUCUGAUGGCUAAGGCGGAGAAGGACGUGGACGAUCUGAAGGCAAGCAUGGAUGCUGGCUCAGUCGCAGGCGGCGAGCAAUCAAAGCAAGCCUUCCAGGCAAGUAGGCAACCAAUAUGCAAUCUCUGCAGAAAGAAUCACCCUGGGGACUGCUGGCUCACGCAGGGCUUAUGCUUAAGAUGCGAGAAGGAGGGACACUUCCGUAAGGACUGUCCCACCAAUCCAGAACGCGCCUUCCCCAUAGCAAAGAAAUCUGAUAUCCAGAGAGGCGAUCUGGAAUAUCCUAUGGUAGUAUCUAAUCCGUUAGGGCAUAGCAUGCGACUUCACUACUUGUACCGCAACUGCCCAUUGAUGGCGCAAGGACACCGAUUGUCCGCGAACCUAAUCGAGCUACCAUACAAGGAAUUUGAUAUUGUCCUUGGUAUAGAUUGGUUGACCGAGCGUCAAGCGAUAAUUGACUGUGGUUUGCGAACCGUACGACUUAAGACUGACGAUGGUGACGUUGUAGAAGUUAAGGGGGAGCUGUUCCCCAAGCCUCCAGAAUUUAUGUCUUAUAUGCAAGCAAAGCGACUUAUCCAAAAGAAGUGCGAAGCAUUCUUGUGUCACGUUCGCGAUACCAGAAAGGAGACCCCCAAGCAGAAAGAUAUCUCUACACCGAAGCUGGAUAAUGAGAUCCAUACGGCUCUAACUACGGAUGACUUUUGUGUGAAGACUCGUGAGCUUGUCUCUAAGGGGGAAAGACAAAACUUCACCAUUGAUGUCAGUGGAGUGUUGCUCUAUAGGGAUCGCUUGGUGGUACCGAACGAUGAAAUGAGAGAACGAUUGCUACGGGAAGCUCAUGAAACCGUGUACACCAUGCACCCUGGAAGCAGGAGAGCUACGGGUGACACUCCUUUCGGCUUAGCCUAUGGUUUUGAAGCCCGGGCUCCCGUUGAGGCAAUAAUCCCUACCAGGAGAGAGAUAGAAUAUGACCCGGGAGUUAAUGAACAGAAUCAAGCCGUAGAACUGAACUUCGUAGAGGAACGAAGGGAUGAAGCACGGAUCCGGGCAGAGAAUUAUCGUCGCCAGGUGAAAUCUUACUUUGAUAGUAGAGUAAAACCAAGGGCGUUCCAGGUGGGGGAUUACGUCCUGAGGAAGCGAGAGAAGAGUCAACCAACUAAGGGUGGGAAGCUGGCUAAGAAGUAUGAAGGACCUUAUAUCAUCAAGGCCGUUGUUCGCCCAGGUACCUACAAGUUGGUGACUCCAAAGGGAAAAGAAAUUGAUAGGACGUGGAAUGUAGAGCACUUGGUAAAAUUUUAUCAGUAAAAUCAUUUUGUAAAGCGCUCUAUUUUUAAAUUUAAGAUGUUUGUUUCAAUGAAAUUUUUCUUUCCUUUAAAGCCAAGUGCCUUUGCAUGUUCAUUGUUCUAUAGAUUUCUUUCACAAAAAAAGGGGGGGGGGAGAGCACCCCCCGGGCGAUAAAGACCCACGUUACAGGGAGGUAGAUAAGUUUAUGCCACCUGCUAAAAAUAGGGGAGGUAGAUAAGUUUAUGCCCCCCGGAGUUAGAUAAGUUUAUGCCUCCGUCAAAAAUAAAGGAAGGGUUGGGAU